AUGGUGACCAGAUCGAUGCUCAUAGUUGGCACAGAAGCGAUCAUGGCGCGACGCAGCGCAUUCGCAACGGAGAUAUCGGUAUCGGAGAGCGUAAAGUCACACUCGGUUGCGGCCAAACGCGUCAAGCGCAGUUUAGGAAAGCGCUGCAGAGACGCCGACUCCGUAGACUCGGUACGCCCCGGUGCAAGGGCGCCAUUCCCGGCACUGACACCGUUCAUCGUCUGGGAUGGAGUGAGGUUUCCCCACUAUUCCGCUGAAGAAGAGUCGAAGACGAUCCGCACGCGCGACGAAGUCGUCAGCGUCUUGCAGGAGUGCUAUACGGGCGAGCGCGUUCGGGCUUCGAAGCCUCCACCACGACUACACGACCGCCACCACCACCACCACCACCAUCACCAUCACCCCCGUGAGCACUGCAGUUGGAGGCGUGCGAGGCAUCCGCGCGACGACGCCGAUUCGAUCUGUGGGCGGACUGGCGUAUCCCCCGGCGAAGCGCACAAUGAUGUCGCGAGAACGACGCCAGUUCUGCACGCAGCAUGGUUACAGGGAUACCGCGGAUACCCAGAAACGUUCCUUCGCCGUCUCUCCGUGGAUACUGAAAAAACGGAUCGUCUCGGUGCAUCACUUGUUCGAGUCACCACUGGAAUACGGCUGAAUUGUACAGCUGGUCAGUACACACGCACGCAAACACGCAACGUUGUUCGAUACGUGAUGAUCCAUGCAUGCAGAUUCCUCAUUAGACGCGUUCGAUACGUGAUGAUCCAUGCAUGCAGAUUCCUCAUUAGACGCGUUCGAAUGCACGCAGAGGCAUGGACACGUAUGCACGCGUGCAGCCGAGCAUGCAGCGAUAGAGCGUCGAUCCUGCCGCAGCGGCCGCGCAUUCCCAUCAUCGAUGCCUGCGCAAAGCUAUCUCCAUGUCGUGUACGGUUGAUAACUGAGCACUUCCGAAAUUUCAAGCUAUCAGGGCUCUGA